AUGGAGAAGAGGAGAUGGGACUCAAGUCCAAGUCAACCACCAGUGCCACACAGUGCACAACAGCCACCGUUGGCAUCCCUUGCAUUGACGUCGAAAAUUUCAAAGAGGCACAAAGUUGCUCAGUUGCCACCAACACCCCCGGUGAAUCUGCCAACAGAAGAUAUCAAUGCUGACAAUGAUGGUGCGGAGCUGAUAUUGCUGAUAUUUCAUGGAAUCAAGGAUGUGAUUUGUCGUCAAGGAUAUGGUUCUACUGGUGCCAUCCUCAGAGCUUGCUGCCGGUGCUCAAGGCAAAAACUGAAAUGCUCACAUGCGAAGGCUGACACACUGCCAACGCCGAAGGGGAGGUCUCGCCGUACUCGCUCAACAUCACGCCGACAUUCUCCUGCUGAAGAUAUGCUUGUUGAAAGCGAUACUGAUGCCAGAGCUAUACCAACAUCGCUGUUGCAUUCCGUGCCGCCAAUCGCAACUUUAUCGCCUGAACCUGACUCGCCAAGUCCUGCCAAGCCAUCUUCAUCCCCUGUACUAGAUCCUCCCAGGCAAUCUCCUGCUCCCACUACACAGGAGUCAAUGGAUGUUUCUGGAGAUGCAAUCGUAGGCGAAUUGCGUGUGAUGACAUUGGAGGUUCGCAAUGACUCUGCCACAUUGUCCGCUAGGAAGUCUGACCUCCAGAAGGUUACUGAUGGUCUUUGGGCUGAAGUUGACAGACUACAGGCGCGCCACAUAGUUACCCGGGAGGUGGUGAUGACAUUGCAACAGCGCAUCGCCGCCCAAGAUGCUGAAAUCCAUGCAUUACAAGGUCUCCACACUGAGCUCGCCACACUUUAA